GCAUGGCAUCAACUAAUAACCCAUCAUCCUGACGAUCAUAUACAACGUAGUAUCAAGCGUGAUAUCAAAAAGCUUGGAUUUUAUCAUGUUGGCACACUUCAUGUCUACUAUCUUCAGCUCGAAUCGGUGAUGGCCGAGUUCAAGUUGUCCAAUAAUACUUUACGUAGAAUGAUGACACAUAUGAACGAUAACAUGGACAAAGGCCUUGAAGGUGGCCUUAAAGGUUCGACUAUUGCUAUGUUGCCUUCAUUCGUGCCAGAAUUACCAGACGGCACAGAACGGGGAAAAUAUGUUGCUAUGGAUCUUGGUGGAACGAACUUGCGUGUGAUGAUUAUGGAGAUCGAGCCUGGUGAGCCUAUGCGCACAAAGCAGUUUAACACCAGGAUGCCAAAUGCAGCUAUGCACGGUAGUGGUGAACAGUUGUUCGACUAUAUCGCUAAAGCAUUGGCCGAUUUUCUCAUAGAAAAAGAUGUUGCCCAUGAUAAUCUACCAGUUGGGUUCACCUUCUCUUACCCAUGUGACCAAACAAGUCUUAGAAGUGCAACGUUAUUG